AUGGCUGCUGUGAUGUGGACCUCUCUCCUCCUCUCCCUUGCUCCUCUCCUCCAUCUUCAAGCCUUUACCUUGGCCCCAGAGGGCGCCACAAAGGCACCACCACACCCACAUACAGACACACAGAUCGAUGACCCAGUACUGGCCUCACACAGCACUAUAUGGCCCUCCUGGGCUCCUGUAGGCCCCACGGCUGGAGCCAGACUGGCCGACUCUCUGGACUGGUUUCCAGGGCUGAGGGACUCCACACUGGCACCUGAGGAAACUGAGAAACAGGACGACAAAGACGAGUUUCAGGGAACUAUCAGUGACUAUACAGACACCCAAGGAUUUAAUCCACUCACUAGACCUACAUCACCAGCCUCAGUGACAGCACAGCUAGGGUCUACUACUGACUCGGACCAACACCAACCCAGAGCCCAGGCCACAGACAGAGGGUUGUUAGCUCUGGACUUCCCAGCCACACAACAGAGAGACAUACUGGAGGGAGAUACCGUGGUGGAAGAGAUUGGAGACGAGUUACAGGACUUCACAGAGAACCUCACAGGGGAUACAGGAACCGACACAAGUAAGACUAUCCAACCCCCAUCCCCUCACCCCCAUCUUACAGUGAUAUGUCCGCUUUUACAACAACCUCAGGAAGUUGGUAAGAAUAGUCUUGCCCUAGUAUUUAUAGGAUAGUGGGCAGAAUUGACCUAUUUUCUAUUUUGUAAAACACUGGUGGUGAGUGUAAUGAUUUCCUGUGGCAGUGUGAUGAGAGUAACCCCUUAUAUCUUUUCCGUUCAUGACAUCCUACCUCUGAUAUCUUGAAGUACAAUGUGUGUUUGGUUUUUACAUGCCCCUGUAGCAGUUGUAGUAGUAGUGUGUGUUUGCUGUUGAGGUAUGUGUUGGAAGGUGACUCAUCUACUUUGUCUGCUCUAUGUAUGCUCUGUGUCUGUUCUGUGUCUGCUCUGUGUCUGCUCUGUGUCUGCUCUGUGUCUGCUCUGUGUCUGCUCUGUGUCUGCUCUGUGUCUGCUCUGUGUCUGUUCUGUGUCUGCUCUGUGUCUGCUCUGUGUCUGCUCUGUGUCUGCUCUGUGUCUGCUCUGUGUCUGCUCUGUGUCUGUUCUGUGUCUGUUCUGUGUCUGCUCUGUGUCUGCUCUGUGUCUGCUCUGUGUCUGCUCUGUGUCUGCUCUGUGUCUGCUCUUUGUCUGUUCUGUGUCUGCUCUGUGCCGCAGUGUGUGUGUGAUAUGUAUUCUGCUGGCAAACACAGUUGUUUUAUAUUCACAGGGCGGUUUACGUCACCCUCUCUCUCCUCUCUCUCUUUCUCAUUCUCUCCUCUCCUUCUCUCACCUCCUUCUCCUUCUCUCCCACUCCAUCAAUCCUCCUUCUCUUCUCCCCUCCCUCAAUCUCCCCCUUCAUCUCUCCCCUCCAUCUUCCAUCCAUCUCUACCACCUCUCUCUCUCUCUCUCUCUCUCUCUCCUCUUCUUUUCUACUCUGUCACAGACACACUUUAUUUCUCUCCCUUGCUGUCCUAUCUUCUUAAACAGCUACGCUGAGGGAGACUGUUAAUGAAUUCCUUCAUGUGAGGACAGUAAAUGAGAUGUGAAUGAGAAACACAGUGGACUGGUGGUUUUCUAUAGGACAUUGUAGAAGCCUCUUGCCUCUCCAGCCAGGGAGGGGUAGAGAGCAUAGGUAGAGGGUAGUAAACGGUCUGAGAGGGAGGGAGACAGAACUGUGUUAGCUCUGUAUCUCACACCUAUCUCUCUAUCUCUCUCACACACACACACACUCACACACACACACACACACACACAUGCACGUGAAGAGGAGAGAACAGAGAAGGUCUUGUCGUAGGGCUCAGUAGGCAGGCACAUAGGGAAUAGAAGUGUCUACAUUAUUCAGAUGUUAUGUAAUCAUAGGGGACAGACAUAUAGUAUGGAAUAGGUACAUGCACCUACAAUAUUAUGUUAUUAAUGAUGUGAUGUUAGUUAUAAGAGUGUGCUUGUGAUUUAUAAAUAGUUACACAAAUGAGAACAGCAGUGGGGUCAAUACUACCUCAUCUGAACACAGUCUCUGUCUCCCUCUCUUGCUCUCUCUCUCUCCCUCCCUUUCUCUCUCUCUCUCUCCCUGGCUCUCUCUCUCUCUGACCCAGUUAGAGAUACCCAGUUUUAUGUACUUUUAUAAUGGAUUACACCAGUCUCUCUCUCUCUCUCUCUCUCUCUCUCUCUCUCUCUCUCUCUCUCUCUCUCUCUCUCUCUCUCUCUCUCUCUCUCUCUCUCUCUCUCUGAUAUUUCACUCUAUGAAAUCCCUGCAGAUCUCCAUAGGGGAUAGGGGCAAGGGGUUCAUUUGGGCAUCAGUUUCAAGCAUCUUAGUUUCUGUUUUUGCAGGUGUGUUUCCAGAGGAGGGGUGGCCAAAGUCAGCCACCAAUGAGACAGCUCUACUCGACCGCUGCUUGGACACCACAGCCACAUCCUGCAACACAACUGAUCAAUCCUGGAGCCCCUUUUACCCUGGUGACAUCAUCUCCAAUCAAUCCCAGCACCCCUUUCUGUCUCUAACCCCUCCUCUCUUUGUGCCUCUGUAUUCUGAUUGGAACUCAGCUCUGGCCACCUGGGGCUUUGCCUGGGAGGCCCACAUCUACGGUCUGGGAUCUGUGUUCGCUGCAUUUGGUCUGAUAUCUGUACUAUGCCUGUUAGGCCUGCCCCUGCGCUGUCCACCAGGAAGCCCCUACUUCACCCUGUUGCACCUGUUCCUCCUGGCCACCGGAGGCACUAGAGCAUUCUCUCUGCUGUAUGAUGCUUAUAGUCACCAGGACCGCCUGCCUGCUCUGGGCUCUCUUCCCCUCUCUGAACUACCCUUCCCCUGCCUCACCUCUGCCUUCUCCGUCUGCUUCCUCCUCCUCUCCCUCCGCUCUCGCAUGCACCUCUCCCUUCAUUGUCCCCUGUCUCUCUCCCUCCCUCUCUUCACCCUGCCCAGGCCUUGUCUCUUGUUCUUCCUCUCCCUGAUGCAUUUCGGGGCCUUCCUGGGCUCCAUAGCUCUGUUCCAUGUCUUCCCCAGCCUCCCUGUCCUCCUCCUGCUCCCCCAGGGAGUUUUCAUCCUCCUCUGCCUCCUCCUCCCCUGCUCCUUCCUCCUCUUCUACUGCCUUGUACGACAAGACGCCAAACACAUCCAACGGCUGAGUGAUGGUGAGGGAGAGGUAACAGGAUCCUCAGUUCUGUUGGGGCGGCCGUCCCGGUGCCCGUUCGCUGAGACUGAGGAGUGGAGCAGGGCGGCAGGGGCUGGGGUGGGAGGGGCUCUGUGCCUGUUAGGUUGUGGGGGGCUUCAGCUGUAUGGGAUGUUACAUGCAUUAGGGCUCGGAGGGGUGAGUGCUGGGGCAGGAUUCCAGCCCUGGCCUUGGUGGGCGUACCAGCUGGGCUGCAGGCUCUGUGAGGUGGGGGUGUGUCUGUCCCUGUCAAUCAUCGGCACUCAGCCCCUCCUCUUCUGUUGCUCCAACUCUAACUCCUCCUCCCGGACUAAACCCAACACCAACACCCGUCCGGGGUCCUGGGAGCGGCUGACCUGUGCCUCACCCGCAGGAGGGCCUAGCCACCCACUUCCCCUCUCUCCCAUCCUCCACCCUCACUACCCCUGGUCCCUUGGGCAGAAAGAGAAGCAGAUGGUGUGUGAUGUCAUCAGUAAGCGCCAGUCCGAAGCCCUCCCCCUCGACACACUAAAGGAACCCCCCUCAAACGGACUGAACCUGCAUCCUAACCCUAACCCCCACCCUAGCCAGACCAAAACCUCCAGACACCCCAACCUCCCUGAUUCUCCAAGCCCACCAGGGAGGCCUCAAGCUGGGGUUGAGUCCCAGGGCUCCUCCCAGGGUAGUCUAUGUCUGGACACUGACUCCACAGUGGACCUGCGCCCCCCCUCUCCCAUUGACCUGUCUCGCAGCAUAGACCAGGCCCUGUACAGCGAGACCCUGUUCCCCCACAGCCUUUUCAGCCCCCCAAGGCUGCUCCACGUCUCUUCCAGCCUCUCCUUGAACUCCCCUGGCUCCCACCACAGCCAGAGUGCCUCACGGCCUGGAAACAGCUCAGCCGACAGCCCCCUCUACCGGAGCUCUUCCUGUGGAGAUGUGGAUAUGUCUCCUACACGGCCACCCCAGCCAAGGUGCAUUCUCCCAGGCCACGGCGAUCCCUGCUCUCCCCCUGAGUGCUGGUGGAGAGGUAGUAACUCCAGCUAUCUGUGCCAUGAGUCCCUGAGUGGGUCUUCCCAGGGUCUGUUCUCCAGCUCGGGGGCAGGAGGGGCAUGGUCACACCCCCACACCACCAGAGGGCAGCCCUCCCAGAGCAGCCUGCACAGGACACUCCCCCACCUCUCCUAUCACAGACGCUACCGCACCCUCAGCUCGGCCUCGCAGGACAGUCGGGGGGAGGGGCGGCUGGAGGGCAGAGAGGACCUGAGUGAAAGCAGGUUGCUGGAACGGGAUAUGGCCGUACAAGCGGAAUUCGUCAACGUGUGCCGACAGAUCGAUGCUCUUAGCGUGUGCAGUGACACUAUUGACCUGUAG